CUCGUUCAUCCCUUCUGCGCUUGCUAUUCUCUUCUAUUGUCCGUCCCAGCAAUCAAUCACUCUCCUUACAAUUGUUGCAUCAGAUCCCUCGCUAUUCGAUACAACCAAAAAAAUUCACCUUUCAGCCACUCCUUACUGUACCUCUCGGUUUCUGUCAUUGUUCUCAACCAGGGUGCUCGGUCCACAUCGAGCCCGGUCCAUUCUUUCAACCCAGCCGCCCUUGUCCCUGUGCUUUUUGUCCGUCCGCAGUCAACCACGCGCACCCAGGCUCGUGAUUGUUCCUCUGCGACGGAGUACUCAUCCUCAAUUCCUUGUAUCCUCGUCGGUCCCAAUAACCAAGGAGAAUCGUUCGACGGGUUUCUCAUAUCAACAGUGAUACUCCUGUCACCAAGGAAUCUUUCAAGGAAGCAAUGAAAUAAAGCUCUUCAAUACAAAGGCGAACCCAAGGCAAUCGAGCUGGACUCUUGUCUCUGACCAGCGGCUGAGCCGUGCUGCAACACCUGCCACCAACAUACACACGACCUGUGUUGAGAACAGUAAAUACCGGCCACAAACCUGGUCAUCCUCUCGUUGAAUCAUCAUCCAGUUCCUGCCCGGCCGCAGCUGACUGCGAGUUAUCACAAAAACCAAAAUACCACAUUCAUUAUGGGCUGCUGCGGUGGUGAAAGAGAAAAGUUCGGCGCCUUGAGCGCUGAACAGAAAUGGGAAUACAUUAAUCUUGAGGACUUCAAAUCUUCCUCGUGCUGGACACCGUUUGCCUAUGGCUACCUCCUUGUUAUGCUUGUCGUUUCCAUAUCCGUCUACGCAGUCGAUACCUUUACCGCCAUCAACCUCCUCGCAUUCGACCGGUGGGCUGGACAGAUCAAACCAGAAAUUCCUCUGAAUAUCUCGCGAUGGAUCUUUGCGGGAUGUAUCAUCCUCUCUUUCGUUCUUCUAGUCUAUCGGUGGUGGCGUGCGGUUAGAGUCAUGAGACAAGGUGGCGUGGCUAAGAGUUAUCUUGACCCGUUGGCGGUACGAGUGCAAUCCAUCAGAUGGGGACAGGGAAAAGGAUGGAAACGAUUCUUGGUGUUUGCUGAAUUGACCAAGAGUCGGAAGGGUGCCGACUACGUUGCCCUCUUCACCUACUUUUCAUUCGAGGCCUGGUUACGAAUUGUGUUUGCCGAAGGUCCACGACAAGUUAUCAAUGCAAUUACCCUCUACUCAGUCUUGAGGUUGAAGCUGAUCCCGGUGGGCGAGCAUGCCCCCAACGACGGACACUCUCCCAUUGUCCAAUUCUUUGUCAAUGUCGGCAUCCUAGCAGAUUCCAAUCACCUACAGGCCGUCAUUUUGUUCGGUAUGCUGUGGACACUGGUCAUCUGGGUUAUCUCAGUCAUCAGUCUGAUGGUGUCUGUGGUCCUCUAUCUGCUUUUCCUUUGGCAUCAUAUCCCCAGUGGCGAUGGAGGUCUUACGGGUUAUUGCCGGAAAAAGAUCAAUCGAAGAAUGGAGAGGAUUGUGAGAACCAAGGUGGACAAAGCGUUGAAGAAAGAAAAUCAACUUCGAGCUCGACAAGAAGCCCAGGCUGCUCGAGAAGGACUUGAAAUCAAGAAGCAACCUACUCUGCCCAACCUCAGCACCGAUAAAUUAGACGCCUUCCCAGGUUUGUCUCGACAGACAACAAUGACUACUCUGCCCGAAUACACAUCCAGACCAGGGACGGGAAGGAAUAGCAACGAGUCACUGCCAACCUUACCAAAUAUUUCCUCUCGACCGCCAAUGCCGGUGCGCACUGUCACGCAUGGAUCGACGGCCUCUUUUGAAAGCUUCACGUCGAACGCACCUUUGAUGAGCUCCGCAGGAGAAAUGGGCACGACACCAGACCGAGGACAAGAUCCCAAUGGUGCUUGGUAUGGCAGACCAUUGCCCAAUCGAAAUCCAACAGGGAUGUCUCAGUAUUCUCAGCGCUCAUAUAGCCCAGCCCCCAAUCGACCAGGCACAGCGCAAGGAAAUCGAAAUGAUCCUGGAUCUUAUCAAAUGGAUCCUCUCCCACGACCUGGCACUGGCAUGUCCAACCACUCUCUCCCGCGAUACACUCCGAACAGUUCUGGAGCUCUCCCUUACCCAGAUGAUCGGAGCUCUACGUCAUCCAAGGCGCCUUCGUGGUCUGGAUCGAACUCCGACCCAGCUGUAGACAGUAUGGGACGUCGUGCGCCAGCCGCUGUUGGACCUGCCUUUCCAAGCAUUUCCGAAGAACGAGGCCGCAUGUCACCUCUUCCUGGUCCACAAUUUCGGUCGCAAACUCCUGUCAGAGGUCCAGAACGAUCAUUCACACCAAACGGACCACCGCCUCGAGCCAUGACAGCAGGUGGUCCACCACCAGUCGACAGGUCUUUCACGCCUAAUGGCCUGCCUUCACGGGCUAUGACACCAUCAGGUGGACCGACAUUACCUCGACUACAAAAUACAUCAGGUGCAGGAUACGUACCGUAUUCGGAGGAACCACGUUCAAUGACCCCUGCAUCCUCGAUACCGCCCAGUGCUACAAUUCGUAGUGUUAAUGAGCCAACAAGAAGCUAUUCACCGUUCAGACCCCAGGGAUCUGGACCACAAGGAAGAGCACCACCUUCAAGACAGGGUAGUGCAGUUGACGAUAUCUUGGACCAUUAUUGACCGAUCAACUAACCUGAUCCCUGCUAAUACUCCAUAUUUGGGCUCAUGACCACGAAUUUUAUAAUGAUGAUAAAUAGCUAGCGAACUUGUGUGUGUGUAUCAAGAGUGUCACAAUCGAUGCUUCAAUCAAUUACAUUUGAAACUAAAA